ACGAUGCUUAUCCCCCGCCAGUACAAAACGAGGCAGCGCGGUUUGUGCACAACCUGUGCUACACGUCUCCAUUGGCCUUGCAGAUGUUCGUUGCCUGUCGGGGGUUGCCUACCCUCACAGCUAUGUUAAGGGCCGAUAUGCACCUGUGCAGUCCUGUGGUAGAGGCGGCGGUGGAUAGUUUGUUCUACAUCUUUGACACGCAGGUGUGGGAUGUAUGA